UCGGUGUUUUCGUCUUGUAGCUGACUUCUCUAUCUGUGCGCUUCACGGGAAUGCGUAGGAGUAGGGGAAACACGCUUUAGGAAAUCAUAAGAGUGGACUUCGGUUCAACCUGCAUUGGAUUUUCUAACUACACGUUUUAGGAACGCAACUAAAUGGUGUAGUGACUUAGCCUGGUCCAUAAUGUCUCGAAGUGGCCGCUCCAAGAGUACCAGGACAGGGUCAUCCACAGGCCAGUGUGAGCCUCCUCAGGGACCAGGCGUCCAUGUCUAUCUGUUUUGGACCAAGGGAGGGGAGCGCUAUCUGACCCACACAGAGGGUAAAGUGACAGCCGAGGAGCUUUCAAUCUCUGCAGCACAGACUGUGGGUAUCACUCCACUGUGCCAUGUCCUGUUUUCCCUGUAUGACCCUGAAUCCCACUGCUGGUACAGUCCCAACCAUUUCUUCAACCCAGAAGAGCAGACAAGCCUGACACUCCAUUAUCGCAUGAGGUUUUACUUUCGGAAUUGGCAUGGGUUGAGUGAGAAGGAGCCGUCAGUGUCGCGAUAUGCCCCACGGUCAGGGACAGAGCACGGGGGCUCACCUCUACUAGAAAUGACCUCCCUGGAAUACCUCUUCUGCCAGGCAAAGUUUGAUUUUGUGAAUGAUGUCACGCCGAUGGAGGAUGCUCAAGGAAAAGAAGAGCUGAGUCGCUUUAAGAAUGAGAGUCUGGGUAUGGCUGUGCUGCACCUCUCUCACCAGGCCCUGUGCUCAGGCUGCACGCUACAGGAAGUGGCCAAGUCUGUCAGCUUCCUUCGCUGCAUUCCGAGAUCCUUCUCCAAACAUAUAGCGAGGGACAACUUCCUGACCAAGAUCCGUAUCCGGCGUGUGUUUGCUGACUUCGUGAGGACCUUCCAGGAGCACACUGUGGACGUAGGACGCCUGGGCUCCCAGGAGGUCAUGUAUAAAUACCUGUCUACUCUGGAGCACCUAGCCCCCUGCUUCGGUACCGAGACCUUCCUCGCGGCCCAACUGGAGCUGAGGAAGGACGGGGGCGACUGGAGCGGCUCCUACCUCAACACCAGCCACGCCCACGGGGCCUCUGACCCUGAGAACUUUGGCCCUCGGGUCAUGCAUGAGGUCAUGGUGUCUGGUACCAAGGGGAUUCAGUGGAGGAAGAUCACAGUGCAGAAGGCCCAGGCCAACAGUUACUUUGGGAACGAUUACUUAGGGAAUCGGAAAACUGUGAAGCAAUCGCCCCUCCAGCAAGAACCUAAAUCCUCUGACACAUGGAUGUCUUUCUGCGACUUCCCAGAAAUCUCCCACAUCACCAUCACUGGAGCCAACGUCAGCAUCAUUAAACAGGACAACUUCUCUAUGGAGGUUCAAAUGAAUUCCAGCCUUGAGGCUCUGUCUUUCGUCUCCCUGCUGGACGGGUACUUCCGGCUUACUGCAGACGCACACCACUACCUGUGUCACGAGGUGGCUCCGCCCAGGGUAGUGCUCAGUGCCACCAAUGGUCUCCAUGGACCAAUGAAUGAUGACUUUGUGCUGCAGAGACUGAGGAAGGAAGCAGUUGAAGAGGGAGCCUUUCUUGUGCGCUGGAGCGUCCUCGACUACCACCGCAUCAUAUUAGCUGUUCUAAACAAGAGUCAGAAUGGACAAGCUGCAAUUCACAAGCAGUUCAGGAUCCUGCAUAGUGGUUCAGUGUUUGCUCUGGAAGGCUGGGACCGGGAGUUCUCCAGUGUCAAGGAGCUCACCGACAGCCUCAAGACCUUUGUGCUCAAGUCUGGCACGGACAAUUUCACUGUGAAGAAAUGCUGCCUACCCCGACCUGCAGAACUGUCCAACCUCUUGGUGAUGAGGCAGGGUGCGGACCAGUGUGUUCAGCCUGACUCUGUGGCCCUCUGUCUGACUCAGCUGAGGUUCCAUCAGAUCAAAGACAAGGAGAUCACCCAGGAGCAGCAUCUGGGCCGUGGGACCAGGACCAACAUCUACUCUGGCAGUCUGUUGGUGUGGGGCGGAGUCGAGGAGGAGGAUGAGGAGGACAAGUGGAACAACAAUCUUACUGAUCGCAAAGAGAUCCGAGUGGUUCUUAAGAUCUUGGACCAGAGCCACAAGGACAUAGCGUUAGCAUUCUUUGAAACAGCCAGUCUGAUGAGCCAAGUAUCUCACAGUCACCUGGUCUUUGUACAUGGAGUGUCUGUCAAAGGAUCUGAGAACAUCAUGGUGGAGGAGUUUGUGGAGUUUGGGCCUCUGGAUGUGUUCCUGCGAAGGGAAAGGGCGCUGGUCACCCCUCAGUGGAAAUUUACUGUAGCCAAACAGCUGGCCAGUGCCCUGAGCUACCUCGAGACUAAACAACUGGUACAUGGUAAUGUCUGUGCUAAAAACAUUCUGGUGGCUCGUCGUGGUCUGGAGGAGGGCACCUUUCCCUUUGUCAAGCUGAGCGAUCCAGGCAUUGCCCUCAACGUGCUGUCCAGAGAAGAGCGUGUCGAGCGAAUCCCAUGGAUCGCCCCGGAGUGUGUGCCAAGCAGUGCCCCAUUCGGCAGUGCUGCCGACCAGUGGAGCUUUGGAGCCACACUGCUGGAGAUCUGCAACAAUGGAGAUUUGCCCAUGAGUGGCAGCACGCUCACUGAGAAAGAGCGUUUCUACGAGACGCGGAGUCGCCUCACCGAGCCCUCGUCGCAGGAACUGGCCAGCUUCAUUAGCAUGUGUUUGACCUACGAACCCCGGGAGAGGCCGUCCUUCCGCACUGUGCUUCGAGAGCUCACUGAACUACAGAUCAAGAAUCCUGACAUAUCCCCUUUGGAGUCUCUCCCGGACGCUGACCCCAACGUUUUCCUCAAACGCUACUUGAAAAAGAUCCGGGACUUAGGAGAGGGUCACUUUGGGAAGGUGAUUCUCUAUGUGUAUGACCCAGCCAACGACGGGACAGGGGACUAUGUAGCAGUGAAGGCCCUGAAGCAUGAGGGAGGCAGCCAUCUCCGUGAAGGCUGGAUGAAGGAGAUUGAGAUCCUCAAGUCUCUUUACCACAGCAACAUAGUCAAGUACAAGGGCUGCUGCUCUGAGCUGGGAGGGCAGACGGUGCAGCUGAUUAUGGAGUUCCUACCUCUGGGCAGCCUCAGAGAGUACCUAGCCAAACACCGCCUGGGCGUGGCUCACAGCCUCCUCUUUGCACAGCAGAUCUGCCAGGGGAUGGAUUACCUGCACUCGAAGCGAUACAUCCACCGGGACUUGGCUGCCCGGAACGUACUGGUGGAGAAUGAGCAUCUGGUGAAGAUCGGGGACUUUGGCCUUACCAAAUACAUCCCAGAGGGAGAUGUUUACUACCGCGUGCGUGAGGAUGGAGACAGUCCUGUGUUCUGGUGA